AUGUGCGGCCGCACGGCGGGGCGCGCGGACGCCCGGGGGCGCCGCCGGCUGCUGCCGCCGCUGCUGCAGCUGCUGACCCUGCUGGCCCUGGACGUCGGGAGAGUGGGCUGCGAGCCAGACCCCCUGGACUCCGUCUACCUGCCGGCCGCUCUGGAACUCCUGGACGCCCCUGAGCACUUCCGCGUGCAGCAAGUAGGCCAGUACCCGCCGGCCAACUCUUCCCUGGGCUCCCGGGCCGAGACCUUUCUGCUCCUGCAGCCCUGGCCCCGCGCCCAGCCGCUGCUCCGUGCCUCCUACCCGCCCUUUGCAACGCAGCAGGUGGUUCCUCCUCAGGCCACUGAACCCCACCAGCGGCCGGUCCCGUGGGAUGUCCGGGCCGUGUCUGUGGAGGCGGCUGUGACCCCGGCUGAGCCCCAUGCCCGCGUCCUGUUUCACCUCAAAGGGCAGGAUUGGCCACCAGGGCCUGGCAGCCUGCCCUGCGCCCGGUUGCAUGCCACACACCCCAUGGGCACCGUGCACCACGCCUGCCGCUUCCAGCCGUCCCUGGGAGCCUGCGUGGUGGAGCUGGAGCUCCCUGCCCACUGGUUCCCCCAAGCUGCCCCUGCUGCCCGCGCCCAGCUGGCCUACACCCUAGAACCGGCCGCCGAUGGCCCCGGGGGCUGCGGGCCCGGCGUGGAGACGGACCCUAGGGACCAAGCCCUCCCCAUCGGCGGAGUGGAGCUGCGCCCGGCCGCGCCCCCGCAGCACCAGGAGGUGCCCCUGGACGAUGCGGUGACGCUGCGGGUACCUGAUGGGCCUGUGAGGCCCGGCCAGCCCUUCAGUGCCACCGUGCUGCUCCGGUCCAACUUCACCGCCAGCCCACUGAGCCUGCGGAUCAAGGUGAAGAAGGGGCUGCACGUGACAGCCGCCCGCCUGGCCCAGCCCACCCUCUGGACUGCCAAGCUGGACCGUUUCAAGGGCUCCAAGCACCACACCACGCUCAUCACCUGCCACCGGGCUGAGUCUGCGGCGCUGGACUCCAGUACCCGCGAGCCAUCCGAGUUCCUGUGGGUAGACUUUUCCGUGGAAAACAGCACUGGUGGGGGCGUGGCGGCCACGCGGCCUGUCACCUGGCAGCUGGAGUACCCCGGCCAGGCCCCCGAAGCAGAGAAGGACAAGAUGGUGUGGGAGGUGCUGGUGUCAGAACGGGACAUUAGAGCCCUUGUUCCCCUGGCCAAGGCAGAAGAGUUGGUGAACACGGCGCCCCUCACUGGCCUGCCACGGCGUAUCCCCGUGCGCCUCGUCACCGUGGAAGGUGGGGGCGCUCUGGCCGAGGUGACUGAGCACAUCAGCUGCGAGUCCGCCAACACCCAGGUCCUGCAGGUUUCCGAGGCCUGCGACGCUGUGUUUGUGGCUGGCAAGGAGAACCGGGGCGGGCGCGGGGUGCGCGUGGACUUCUGGUGGCGCCGGCUGCGGGCGUCAUUGCGGCUGACUGUGUGGGCCCCGCUGCUGCCCCUGCGCAUCGAGCUGACCGACAGCACCUUGGAGCAGGUCCGCGGCUGGAGGGUUCCCGGCCCCGCCGAGGGCGUGUUGGAGCCCGAGGCCGGGGCCACGGAGGAGGCAGCAGCGCGGAGCCGCGGCUGCCGCCUGCAGUACCAGCGCGCCGGCGUGCGCUUCCUCGUCCCCUUCGCGGCCCACCCGCUGGACGGCGGCCGCCGCCUCACCCACCUGCUCGGCCCCGACUGGCUGCUGGACGUGACCCACCUGGUGGCGCCGCAUGCGCGUGUGCAGGACCCGCGCGUGGCCUCGCUGGAGGGUGGCCGCGUCCUGGUGGGCCGGGAGCCCGGCGUCACCUCCAUCGAGGUGCGGUCCCCGCUCUCCGACUCCAUCCUGGGCGAGCAGGCCCUGGCCGUGACGGAUGACAAGGUGUCGCUGCUGGAGCUGCGGGUGCAGCCCGUGAUGGGCAUCUCUCUGGCCCUAAGCCGGGGCACUGCCCACCCCGGGGAGGUCACGGCCACGUGCUGGGCACAGUCAGCCCUUCCUGCCCCAAAGCAGGAGGUGGCCCUGUCCCUGUGGCUGUCCUUCUCUGACCACACGCUGGCGCCCGCCGAGCUCUACGACCACCGGGACCUGGGGCUGUCCGUCUCGGCCGAAGAGCCCGGCGCCGUCCUGCCUGCCGAGGAGCGGGGCACCCCGCUCGGGGUGGUGGUGAGUGGGGCCGGGCCCGAGGGGCUGCCCCUGCACGUGGCGCUGCACCCUCCCGAGCCCUGCCGCCGGGGUCGCCACCGAGUCCCCCUGGCCUCUGGCACGGCCUGGCUGGGGCUGCCCCGCGCCCGUACCCCGGUCCCGGCUCUCCCCCCCAGCCCUGCCGGGGGGUCACCGGUCACAGAGGCCAGCCUGGGGGGGAGACAGCGGGCACCGGACGGGCCGGAGGACACGGGGGGUGUGAGGAGCAAGUUCGAGCGGGCGGAGGAGGAGGCCAGGAAGGAGGAGGAGGAGGAGGAGGAGGAAGAAGAGGAGGAAGAGGAAGAGAUGGUGCCUGCCCCUCAGCGGGUCACCGACCUCGAGCUGGGCAUGUACGCCCUGCUGGGCAUCUUUUGCCUGGCCAUCCUCAUCUUCCUGGUCAACGGCGUGGUCUUCGUGCUGCGCUACCAGCGCAAGGAGCCCCCCGACAGUGCCACCGACCCCACCUCCCCCCAGCCCCACAACUGGGUCUGGCUGGGCACGGACCAGGAGGAGCUCAGCCGCCAGCUGGACCGGCAGUCCCCUGGGCCAGCCAAGGGGGAGGGGGGCCGCCCCUGCGAGAGCCGGGGAGGAGGGGACCCCCUGCCCGUGGCCUCGGCCCCGGCCCCGGCUCCUGCCGGGGGUACCACCAACUCCCCCAGCACCCUGACCCGCAAGGAAGCCGGGGGGCGGCGGAAGCGGGUGGAGUUUGUGACGUUUGCGCCGGUGCCCCCGGCCGAGAUGCCCGAGAUGCCCGAGGAGCCCGCUGCGGGGGCGCCCGCGGUCCAGUCCAUCCUGGUGGCGGGCGAGGAGGACAUCCGCUGGGUGUGUGAGGACAUGGGGCUGAAGGACCCCGAGGAGCUGCGCAGCUACAUGGAGCUGAUCCGGGGCAGCUCCUGACCCCCGCGCCCCCCUCCCACCCCCCACGCCCGGGCCCCGCGG